AUGUCUACAUUUCCUCAACCUACCGAAGUUAGACAAAAAGAAAUCAGCAGUGCUUAUGAUAAAAUUUCAGAGCAAGUUAGUAACCUUUCGGCUGAACAUUCUAGUAAGCCUGUUCGUUUAGUGGCUGUUUCCAAAUUGAAGCCAUCUAGUGAUAUCAUGGCGUUAUAUAAUCAUGGGGUACGUCACUUUGGAGAAAACUACGUUCAAGAAUUGAUAGGAAAAUCUCAAGAAUUACCCAAAGACAUCAAGUGGCAUUUUAUUGGUGGUUUACAGACAGGCAAGUGUAAAGACUUGAGUAAGGGAGUUGAAAAUUUAUAUGCUGUGGAAGCAAUCGAUUCGUUAAAGAAAUGCAAGAAAUUAGAAUCUUGUAGGAAGAAUGCUGAGGGUAACAGCAUUAACAUUUACCUCCAAAUAAACACUUCAGGCGAAGACCAAAAGUCGGGCUAUUCUCUCGAAGUUCUUGAUGAAUUAUAUGAAACAGUUGAAUUCCUUUUGGAUCCAAAACAAUGUACUCUUUUAAAUAUUCAAGGCCUUAUGACUAUCGGAUCCUUCUCUGAAUCUAUAUCUGAAGAAGGAAACGCAGAUUUCAAAAGACUCUUGACUUUGAAACAAAAAUUGGAUGAUAAAUACAGGCUUGAUUUAGAGCUUAGUAUGGGUAUGAGUAAUGAUUUUAAGGAAGCAAUCAAGCAAGGUAGUUCGAGCGUGAGAGUUGGUAGUUCCAUAUUUGGUGCUAGACCAACUAAGUCGUAA